AUGAGCAAUCGCGAGGAGCGAUGGGAGGCGCUUCGGAUGUACCUCUGGCCGGCCGGCGCGCCGCCUGAGGCGGCCAGCAGCUGGGCCGGCGACGGUGCAGAGCCGAGCCCCUCCGACGCGGACGAGCUGCAGCAGCGCGGGCAGGAGAUGCAGUCGCGCGGCGAGGAGCUCGCGCUCAAGGGCGCCGAGCUCCAGCUGCGCGGCCAGGAGCUGCAGCUUGCGGGCGAGGAGCUGUCGGCGAGCGGAGAGCGGCGCCCCUUCCCACGCCCGCCGCCGACGGUGCGGCACGCGAGGCUGCACGAGGCCGGCGGCGAAGAGGGCAGCGGCCUGGCGGAGCUUUCAGAGCGAGCGGCGAGUGAGGGCAGGGGCGAUCUCACGCCGCGCGCCGCCGAGGCGCUGGCCAGCGCGCACGCCGAAGCGGGAGCGUUGCGGCGGCAGCUGCGCGAGCAGGCGGCGGAGAUGCGGGCGCGAGACGCGCUCAUCAGCGCGCAGCAGUCCGCUAUUCGGCGGCUGGAGACGCUUCUCGAGGGCGCGCCGUCUGGAGCCGGACAGCUUGGAACGCAGUCUGGAGCCGGACAGCCUGGAACGCAGUCCGGCUGCCAGGAGGGGGUGGGCGAGGAUGCGGGCGAGGGCGACAUCGAGGUGCUCUUCUCGUCGCGCCACGGCUUAUCGCCCGCGUGGCGGGGCGGCGCCUGCAGGAAGGGCGGGCGGGCGCAGUGCCGGGUCGCGUGCGACACAUUCGGCGAAGACUUCGGCGAAGACUUCGGCGAGGAGGCGGCGGAGCACGGCAGCUCGUCGCCCGCCGCGUCGUCGUUCGCCACGUCGCCCGCCGAGCCGACACCGGACUUUGCGCGCGUCUCCGCCAACUUGCAGCAGCUGCGCGCAGCCUGCAGCCCGUAG